GAACACUUAGAACACUUUGAAGAACAUAUCCUUUGAUUAUCCAAAGAGAUUCUACUCAAUCCCCUCCUUAUAUCCAAGUAAGGCAAUUGUUUUGAUUGCUAAAUCAUUUCUUGCUUGAGUUUUUCCUCAUUGCUUGAGUCUUUGAGAGAUAUUGCCAUAUUCUAAAGGACUUCAUUGUAUUUGCAACAAUCUACUCCGUGUUGGGAGAAUUACUCGGUUGCGGUUUGUUUUCUUACUUUAUUAGGAUGAAUUUCAAGAAAUGGCGGAAUCCCUGGGCAAAGGAUUUGGGAUUCACGAUCCUGAUGCUGUCGGGGGAUCAGUCUUACUCAUAAUCCGGAUCCCCAGAAAUAGAUGGUCAUGGAUUAACACUCGGACCCCAAGUCUAGACGAAUCUCUCGCCCUUUUCAGCAUCGGUGGAGUUUUCCCUUUCUACAGUGUGUUUCCUCAUCCCAAGUUCCCAGUUUUUGAGAAGGACUCCGGAUUGUACAAGAAGGCGGAUUUCUACUAUCCUCUGGGCCCUGACCCUAUCCCAUUUGAGGGGGUAUCCUCCCCUGGGAGGUCAAAGGCUUCUCCCACUAUGGGAUCUCCUCCAGUUGAAGAUCCCUCUGGGGACGAGGCUCAAGGUGGUUCUACUACUUUGGUAGUUUGCACACCAUCUGUCGCCCUGGAUGCCGUCCCCAUCUCUGCCAUUCCUGGGCUAAGGAGGCCCAUGCCAUCCCAGAAGCAGCCACAGGAAGGGAUAACUGAUGAUGACUUCCUUCCUAAGAAGAGUAAGGGUGAUAGCACUCUCGCUUCGCCCAUCCCCCUGACUGCUUCUUCUGGCACUCAAGCCGCCACUAUCGUUGUCGCAUCUGUAGAGCUGGAGUUACCCAACCUAGAUAGCUUGGACCGUGAAGCGGAUAAGUCUCCUGACCAAGCGCCACUCCAAAAACCACCAGGGCAAUCCCAACCGGUGGAAAACAUCUCCCUGCCAACUGCUGCUGCUCCCCAGGGAAUGGAGAAAGAGGUUGGGGAACAGAAAGAACCGGCGGGGCAGCGUUCCGCCGCAACGCCCCCGACCAUCAAUCUCCCCAUCCGGUGCAAGUUCACGCCGCAGAGUUAUCCUAUCUUCAAGGAGGGAUGGGCAGGUUUCUCCCGUGGUCUGAACUCCCUGAAGGCCUCCCACUCUACCAUCCAAGUCAAUUUGGAGAAAAUAAGGGGAUCAGUGCAGGAUCCCAUAAUUUCACAGGCACGCCUUGACCUGUUUGCCCUUGAUGUCCUACACUCCAUGGAGCAGGCACAGUUUGACAAACUCCGGGGGCAAAUAUCCUGUCUGGAGUCGAAAGUCUCUACCCUGGAAGGCAAAGAGGGGAGUCUGAAAGCCGAACUGGUUGAAAGGGAAUCCCGGAUCUCCGAGUUGGAGAAUUCACUCCAUGGGGCCAAGCAAGAGGGUGCCCACUUUAGUGAGCUCAUGUUGAAACACAUGGGGUUGAAACGGGAAGCCCUCCAGAAGCUGGAGAAGGAGAAAAAGACUGCCAAUGAGCUCCGGUUAAAGGUGGGAGAACUGGAGAAGAUUGCGGCUUCCCAUCAAGGCGAGGUGGCCGCCCUGACCACCAGUGCAGAGGCCCUCUAUGAAGAGGGGAAAUUUGACAUGCAGUUCUGCAUUUACGAGGCGAUCUAUAGUGGUCUACCGGCUCACCGGACCUUGGAUGAUUUCAUCACAUACUACGGCUUGCCUCUUCCUCUUCCUCCCCCAGAUUCUCGUUCCAAUCCGGGACUUUGAUUUUCUUCCCAACAAUUGUUGUAUUUUGCCUUGUAAUGAUUUAGUUGUAUCAACAUGGUGAUGCUUGUAGCAUUUUAUCCUUUGUCAAUGUCUCGUUCGCACUUACAUCCCAGUAGAUUUCUUUCUUUGGGCAAACUGUUCUCCUUUUAGGAUUUUGAUCUUGCUUUGGGGCUUAGCAAAAUUUUUACCUAAUUUAAGACUUGGGCUUAACCCACAU